AUAGAUAUCUCUCCCUUCUCCAUAACAAAGCACACACACACUCUUAUUGUAGUCAUACUAGUAGUUCAAAAGAUGUCAAGAAUGUUAAUAGUUCUAGUGUCAUACUUAUUAGUUGGAGUGGGUGUUUCAGCAAUGAAUUUUUACAAUGAUGUUGAUCUGACAUGGGGAGGAGACAAGGCAAAGAUAAUGGAGAAUGGAAGCCUUCUUGUUCUAAUUCUUGAUAAGGGUUCUGGUUCUGGUUUUCAAUCUAAGGCUGAGUAUUUGUUUGGCAGGAUUGAUAUUAAGAUCAAGGUUGUUCCUGGUAACUCUGCUGGCACUGUCACUGCUUACUAUUUAUCUUCACAAGGAUCAACACAUGAUGAGAUUGAUUUUGAGUUUUUGGGGAAUGUGAGUGGAGAACCAUACACACUUCAUACAAAUGUGUUUUCUCAAGGGCAGGGCAACAGAGAACAACAGUUUUGUCUCUGGUUUGAUCCUAGAUUGGAUUUCCACACUUACUCUGUUAUUUGGAAUCCUCAAGCCAUAAUUUUCUACGUAGAUGGAACUCCCAUCAGGGAAUUCAAGAACCAAGAAGAUAAAGGUGUACCAUACCCUAAAAACCAACCAAUGCGGCUCUACUCUAGUCUUUGGGAUGCCGAAGAUUGGGCUACACGCGGCGGCCUUGUCAAGACUGACUGGUCUCAAGCUCCGUUCACGGCCUCUUACCGUGCCUUCGCCGCAGAUGCAUGCUUAUUCUCUAAUGGAAAAUCAUCAUGCACCGAUGACAAUAGACCAAGUGGAAGGUGGUGGGAUCAAUCUUUGGACUCAAUUGGUAUGAAGAAGCUCAAAUGGGUUAAGGAUAACUAUAUGAUCUAUGAUUACUGUCAAGAUAGCAAAAGGUUUCCACAAGGUUUUCCUCCAGAGUGCUCUUAUUGAAUCUUGAUCAUUGGUUUUGUUUUUAUAAUUUUGAUAUUUGGAGUUUGGUUGAGUGAAUUAAGUAUAAGUUUGUAUGUAAGGUUUGUGGUGGAGAUUUAUGUCAUAAUGUUGUCUGUUUAUUUGGUUUAUCAAUAGUGUAAAAAAAUGUUUUGGUGUUUUUA